UCCCGUGUGUUGACCUGUUUACGCUUUUAGCAGAAUAAAUGCAAAACUUUAUAUUGGUUUAACAUGGUGCUGGUACAGCUGCAUGUUGUGCUCUCUGAAGAACCCGGGAGAUGUUUUGGACGCAGGAAGACACCAUGAUACAGCGUUAUUAUCAGUUAUUUGUUGUAUUUUUCGGUAUGUUGUAAGGCUAGCGGUUAGCUAGUAGACGCUGGGGUAGGACUUGUUUUUGUGGACUAUACAUGGCGUUUCAAAACGAUCCACACUAUUUAACCAUGGAUGAAGCAUCCCCGGCAUCGCUGACUGACCUGUGCCUGUCACUGGUGAGCUCCAGGCUGGAGCUGUUCUGUGUAAAUCUGGCUGAUGGCUCCUUAUGCCUUCGUGAUCCUGUGGUCUUCCCUCAGGAACUGGCUGACCAGCUGCUCUGUAAGAUGGCCACAGAAGGUGUGCUGAACGACAGCACAGUGAGCAUUUUCCGUAACAGCCGCCAACUUCGGCUGUGUCGUGCCUGUAUCCGCACGGCCCGCAUAUCAGCGGAGGCCUUUGGCCGGAAUCUCUGCCUGCACAGGCUCCUGGAGCUGGAUGCAUCGCGUGUCAACGCUGACCUCACCAUUACAGACAUUCUUCAUUGCCUUUCUGCCAGCAAGGCUACGUGUGAGAGACUGCAGAGGCUUGUGCUUAACGGCCUGAGCAUGUCUUCGCUUGAGGAGUCGAGCAGUCGCUGCUUCAGCUCUUUGCAUGGCCUUAGAGCACUUAGCGUCUCCAACGUGGACUUCUAUGACUCCAGCCUUGCUGAUGUUUGCUCACUGCCCCGUUUGGAAAGUCUGGACAUCUCCAACACGUCUGUGACCAACCUGACACCGUUGCUUGAGCUGAGAACCAGGCUGCGUUACCUCACUAUGCACCAGCUAAAACGGCUAGAAAUUAGCACCGCUCAGCUGUUAGCUGUGCUCAGCCAGCUGGAGAACCUGCAGCAUCUGGACAUCUCAGACGACAAGCAGUUCACAUCAGACAUAGCCAGGCAGCUGCUGGAGACUUCUGGCAUUUUGCCAGUGCUGGUAUCUCUAGACUUGUCAGGUCGGAAGCAGGUGACCGAUGCUGCAGUCUGGGCUUUUGUAGAGGAACGACCUGGAAUGACCUUUGUUGGCCUGGUAGCCACCGAUGCCGGCUUCUCGGAGUUCCUGUCUGGAGAGGGUACCUUAAAGGUGACUGGAGAGGCGAACGAGACUCAGAUCUGCGAGGCUUUGCGGCGCUACAGUGAGAGAGAAGGGUUUGUUCGAGAGGCACUCUUCCAUCUUUUCAGUCUCACCCACAUGAUGGAGAAAGCUCGACCUGACAUCCUUAAACUGGUAGCUUUGGCGAUGAAGAACCACCCCACCAUUCUUAAUGUACAGCUGGCUGCCAGCGCCUGCGUUUUUAACCUCACAAAGCAGGACCUGGCGUUUGGAAUGCCUGUCCGUCUCUUAGGCCAAGUCACACAGCUGCUGCUAGAGGCCAUGAAGACCUUCCCCAACCACCAACAGUUGCAGAAGAACUGCCUGCUGUCUCUCUGUAGUGAUCGCAUUCUGCAGGAAGUUCCCUUCAACAGGUUUGAAGCUGCGAAGUUGGUCAUGCAGUGGCUUUGCAACCAUGAAGAUCAAAACAUGCAAAGGAUGGCAGUUGCCAUCAUAUCCAUCCUGGCUGCCAAGCUUUCUACUGAACAAACAGCCCAGUUGGGAGCGGAGCUGUUUAUUGUAAAGCAACUUCUGCACAUUGUACGUCAAAAGACCUGCCAGGGCACAGUGGAUGCCACCCUCAAGUUUACACUCAGUGCCCUGUGGAAUCUGACGGAUGAAUCUCCUACUACCUGCAGACACUUUAUAGAGAAUCAAGGCCUGGAGCUCUUCAUUAAAGUGCUGGAGUCCUUUCCUUCGGAGUCUUCCAUUCAGCAGAAGGUUCUUGGCUUACUGAAUAACAUAGCUGAGGUAAGCGAGCUGCAUUCAGAACUGAUGGUGCAUAGCUUUCUGGAUCAUAUCCGCUCUCUGCUGCAUAGUUCUGAGGUGGAGGUGAGCUACUUCGCUGCCGGAAUCCUUGCUCACCUCACCUCGCGUGGUGAGACUGUGUGGACCCUCGACCUGACUCUCAGAGCCGCACUGCUCGAGCAGCUGCACUCUACCAUUCUGAAGUGGCCCACGCCUGAUUGUGAGAUGGUAGCCUACAGAUCGUUCAACCCUUUCUUUCCACUACUGGAGUGCUUCCAGACCCCAGGGGUUCAGUUGUGGGCUGCAUGGGCCAUGCAGCACGUGUGCAGCAAGAAUGCUGCACGUUACUGCAGCAUGCUGUUAGAAGAAGGAGGGUUGCAACAGCUGGAGGCGGUGAGGUCACGACGUGAAACGCACAGCGAUGUGAGGAUAUUGGCCGAGAGCAUUUUGGAGAGCCUUCAUCGCCACAGAGCACGUACAGGCCAAACAGGAACAUCACAAGUUCACACUCACAGAGAGAGAGAUGUUCCAUGACAUGGAUUACCCUGUACCUUGGAUGUCUUGGAUGGCAUACAGUUUGCUACCUGGAAAUCCCGUCUGUGUGUUUGUCUGUGUCCUCGUCUGAGUUGAUAUGACAUCCUUCUACGUCUCAUAUGAAAUAGAGGGUUGUUAACAAGUGAUUUUUUGCACAAAGCAAGAUAUUUAAGUUUUUGUCCUGUUUGCUAUCAAUGAGGGGAGAAAAUAGGAUUUUUAUUUAAUAAUACACUUACUGCCGGCUUUAUUACCCUGUUUUGUAUGUACAUUAAUUGUCUAUGUUGCUCUGUACACUUUGAUAGAUGGGGAUAAGUGGGUGACAAUGAAAAGUCACCUCUACAGGACCCUACUGACCAGAUUAUUUAGGUGGUGGGUCAUUUUAAGCACUGCAGUGACACUAAUAUGGUAACGACAUGGUAGUGUGUGUUGUACUGGUAUGACUGCAUCAGAUGCAGCAGUGUUGUUGGGAUUUUUGUAAAUGCUAGGAUAGUAGGGCUCCAACCAAAAAUAUAACACCGACAGAGUACUGUGAUUAGACAUCUUGCAUUGAGAAAAUGCAUGAACAAAGAAAAUAGCUCUAGUCCCUAAAUGUACACAUACAGUGUGUGUUAAUAGUCUUGGCAUUAGCAACACACACCCUGUUAAGUUUAAACACCCUCAGAUUUGGUUCUGCACCCUAAUAACUAAUAACACACAGCGCUGGGACUGGUCGACCACCCAAAUAAUAUCUGGUUAGUUGUGGUUCUAUAGGUGCAGAGCUAUAAUAAUGGCUUAUAAAAUAAACAAUGAACGUAAGUACAAGCCAGGUGUAUUUUAGGAAUUAGUGUGUGUGUUUGCAGAGAAAAAUGGUUUAAAACUAAAGAGAAUAGCAUGGCAGGUGUAAAGUAAACAGCGUGUAUGUGUAUGGGUGUGUAUGCCUGACUGUGCAUGUGCUCAAAGAGCAUGUUUUAGUUCUUCUGGAUCUUUCUGAAGAGUUUGUUUCAUGUGCAGGUUUUUAUUCAGAAUCAAGCUCAUUUAAAAGAUUCUCAACUCUGUGCACACAAUGGCAAUAAAUGUCUCCAACCUAUAGAUGUCCAACAAUAUUAAUGUUUUAUUUAGAUUAAUUUGGAAUAGCGUUUCUUGCAUGUUUAUACAUCUGUGUAUGUAAAUAUUUGCAUGUAUGUAUGAGCUACAGUGUAUGGCCACGUAAAGUGGUUCUAUUUUGAAAGCAUGAGAGAUUUGAUGUGAACGUUCUGCACAUAUCAUGUUUACUUUGGUAGAUGACAAACUUAAAAAAAAAUUGUGCCAUGUUGCACACAAACAA